AUGAAGGAUGGCAUGAUGUGCAUGUGUAUUGAUUAUAGGCAGUUGAAUAAGGUGACAGUGAAGAACCGUUACCCCAUGCCUAGGAUUGAUUAUCUAUUUGACCAGCUUCAGGGUGCCACAGUGUAUUCAAAAAUUGAUUUGAGGUCUGGUUAUCAUCAGCUAAGGAUUAAGGUAGUGGACAUCCCUUUGACCGCAUUUAGGAUUAAAUAUGGCCACUAUGAGUUCCUAGUAAUGUCUUUUGGGUUGACUAAUGCCCCUGCCGCCAUCAUAAACUUGAUCGUGGAUGACAUUCUUGUAUACUCACGGAGAAGGAGUGAUCAUGAGCAGGAUCUGAGGAUUGUGCUCAAGACUUUCAGAGAUCAACGUCUUUAUGCCAAGUUCUCAAAGUUUGAGUUUUGGUUAGAAUCUGUAGCAUUCUUGGGGAACGUGGUCUCCAAGCAUAGCAUCAUGGUAGAUCAAAUGAAGAUUAAGGCUAAUCGUUGUUAG